GGGAGCACGGCCGCCGCCGCCCCCCGGGGCCGCCGCUCGCCUCGCAGAGAUGCCCGGGACGGUGCUGCUGCUCUGCCUGGCCCUCGGGCCGGUCCUGCGCGCCAGGUGUGAGAGCACAGAGGAAUACGAUUACGAUUACCUCAGCAUCAACAAAACCUGGGUCCUCACCCCCAAGGCACAGGAGACUGAUGCCACGCAGAUCCUCAACUCGCUGCUCAAGAACUAUGACAACAAGCUGAGGCCUGACAUUGGCAUCAAGCCCACGUUCAUUGAUGUGGAUAUCUACGUGAACAGCAUCGGGCCAGUGUCUGUCAUCCAGAUGGAAUACACCAUUGACAUCUUCUUUGCUCAGACGUGGUACGACCGGCGCCUGCGGUUCAACAGCACCUUGAAGGCGCUCACGCUGAACACCAACAUGGUGAGCCGCAUCUGGAUCCCUGACACCUUCUUUAGGAACUCCAAACGGGCUGACUCCCACUGGAUAACCACUCCCAAUCAGCUUCUCCGCAUCUGGAAUGACGGAAAGGUGCUCUACACUCUCAGGCUGACAAUCGAGGCUGAAUGUCUGCUCCAGCUGCAGAAUUUCCCAAUGGACACUCACUCCUGCCCUUUGGUUUUUUCCAGUUAUGGAUACCCUCGGGAGGAGAUCGUCUAUCGCUGGAGACGCUACUCCAUCGAGGUCUCUGACCAGCGCACCUGGAGGCUCUACCAGUUCGACUUCACAGGGCUGAGGAACACCUCGGAAGUGCUCAGGACUGGGGCAGGGGAGUACAUGGUGAUGACAGUUUCUUUUGACCUAAGUAGACGUAUGGGUUACUUUGCCAUUCAGACCUACAUUCCCUGCAUCCUGACUGUUGUUCUUUCCUGGGUUUCCUUCUGGAUCAAGAGAGACUCUACGCCAGCCAGGACAUCUCUGGGUAUCACGACUGUGCUCACCAUGACCACCCUGAGCACCAUCUCCCGCAAGCACCUCCCCCGUGUUUCCUACAUCACAGCCAUGGACCUCUUUGUCUCUGUGUGCUUCAUCUUCGUCUUUGCCGCUCUCAUGGAGUACGCCACGCUCAACUACCUGGUGGGAAACAAGAAACCACUGGAGCACAGCCACAGGAAAGCGAGGCUGCCACCUGCCGGUGCACAGGUGAUGCCAACCUUCACCACCAUCAACAUCAACCACAUCAUGCACUGGCCCCCAGAGAUCGAGGAGGAUGAGGAUGACGACCCUGGCUCCCCGUGCCUGGAGGGAAAGGAAUGCGAGAGGUUCUUUUGCUGCAUCGAGGACUGUCAGACGGGAAUGUGGCGGGAGGGGAGGGUCCGCAUCCACAUAUCCCGCCUGGACUCCUACUCCCGCGUCUUCUUCCCCACCGCCUUCCUGCUCUUCAACAUCGUCUACUGGAUUGCCUAUCUCUAUCUCUAGCCCUUCUUUGUCCUCAGCUGGAACGGACUGGACACCAGCCAGAGGGGCUUCUCAAGGAGCAUAGAUAACAGCGUCUCUUCUGUUGUAGUCAGCUGUCAGUCUGAACAACCCAACCUGGUGAUUCCCUCUUCCUGCUCUCUCAUCUCUUCUGAGAAGAACCAAACAGCUUUUUUUUAGCCUUCUAACAUAUCUUUUUAGAGAAUCUACCCUUCCCCAGACAACCCUCUCUCCAACACCACCAGCAUUGUACUCCUUGUAAGAUUACCCAAAAACAUCCUAUUGCCAUCUCAAGCAUUAGGGAUUUUGUCAAAAACAAAAACCUUAAUGCAUUUCAUUUUUCCAUCUAAUCCUACUCCAAAAUUUCAAGGAAGUGAUGGCAAGUGGAGUUUUCUGCACAGUUAUUAAGACUGCAAAGGAAAUAAAAUUCAUCUUAUGACUUCUGCACCACUUCCACCAGAACAGACUUUGUGGGGUGCUAGAAGCUCAGAAAGGUCAGAAGAAAAUAGCGUGGAAAAGGACAGCAGUGCAGCUUUCCCACAGUAGCUGGGCUUGGCUAAAAUGUUUUGGGCCUGCCCAGACAUCUGAUGGCGGCACUGAUGAGGAUGGAGUUGCUGCAAGCCUCCCCCAGCUCCCCGCAGAGUCUCUGUGAAGCAUUCCUCACGGAUCACUCCAGGACACCCACCCACUGAGGCGCUGCUGAUUCCCAUCAGACAGUGGUGAAAAGCACUUCACAAGUUGGAAGGGCCCACCUGCCUUACUGAAGCAGACUCUUCAGGGCCCACGGUGACAUUUCUGCUGUGUGACCAGGACUCGGAGCAGGCUCUGCAGUUGGGCAUAGCCAAAAAAGGGAGGAAGUCCUUGUGAGAAAGGCCAGAAGGAGCCUCCUGAGCCUGUUGUGAGGUAGUUUUCCUUGGCCUGUCUCACGUGGGGCAGUGCUGUCCCACACAGUGACACUCCUUGAUGCCAUCAGAUCUGUGCUGGUUAGUAGGUGCCAACCCGAGGAAGGGGCACAGGAAAGGGAAAACAGCUACCAGUGCACUCCCACAGCUCAGAUGUGUUCCCCUUCUUUAUUUCUUUCAUAAUUGCAUAAAACAAGAGUUUUCCCUCUAACUGGAUGACCCCUCCCCGUUGCCAUCAGUACUUGGCCUGUUUCCUCACAAAAUUGGGAAAUGGAGUGAGUUGUCCUUGAUGGGUUUCAAGGAGGACAAACGUAGUGAGAUGGUUCCGUCUUAAAGGUAUGGAGAAAUGCAAAACACAGCUUCAGCUGGGGAGAAACUGCAUAAGAUAGAGGAGGAAACUCAGGCCCAAGGUCCAUAAUGUGUCAACUGGCUGCCUCCCCAUCUACACCAACCGCUGAUGUGGCCCACAGCAUGGUUCUGAAAAGCAGUGGGCUGUUGAUAGUUACUCACUGUGUAAAUUAGAAACAAAAAAGAUCUUUUUUUAAAAACAGCAUGUUUUAGAAAAAAAUUAGAACUUAAAAGGCUUGUCAGGAGAAGAAAGCCAGCAUGGCUGCAGAGGGAAAGUUAGGAAAGGUUGGCUCACAGGACAGCUAACGGGGGCAGGAGGUUUUACAUAUUCUUGGAGAGCAAUUUGAUCUGGUUUAAAGACGGAUUUUGACACUGUUAAAUCUGAUCUGAAUAAUGAAGUGUCAUGUUUAAUUCAUUCACAAAUACAGCCUUACCUGGGUUCCAGAUGAACAGCUAGAGCAUCUUAUUAAGUAUACAAUAGUACAACACUCAACUAAGUAUAACCUAAUGGGGUCAGACCAGCAGAGCUCUGAAAGGGGAAAUUGCGCCUGUCUAACCUGUUACAGUUCUUUUAAAAUACCAAGUAAAAGAUAAAGGUUACUCAGAAGCAUAAUUUUCUUAGCUACUCCGACAGCUUUUGAAAGGGUGGAAAGAAAUUGUGGCGGGCGGUUCUAACUGAGGAAAUUGAUUUAGCAAAAGAAUUAUUAAGGAGGUUCUAAUUAGAGGAAAUUAACUGAGGGGGGGGGAAAGAAUUGUUAAGGAGGCUCUAAUUAGAGGAAAUUAAUGUUUUAGAGAGAAAGACACAGAGAGGGAGAAGUCUAAGAAAAGAAUCAAAACAACUUGCAGACAAGGGAAGCUGCUGGGUGACAGUGCUGACUCCCAGCCAAGCUGGUUGAUGUUCUGCUCCCAGUAGCAAAGCGUUAUUAGAUGUAGCAACAGAAAAACCUCCUAUGACUCAGCCCUACACCGACAGGGAGCUGGAUUAAACAGGGUCCUGUGAUCUCUGUGGGGAGCCAAAAGGAAAGAGCAUCCUAGAUUAAAUCUGGCUCACACGACAGACUCUGAGUGAAGCACGUCCUCACAUUUGGGAAGGCAGCUGUCGGGGGGAUGUGUGGGAGGGGACGCCCCGGUGGCAAACCAAGGUCUGUGCCAAAUAUCUCCUCAACAGGAUGGUGGCUUGAAAGGUGUGCAGGCAGUGGAGGCUGCACUGAACACAGGGAGCAAAAUGUGGAAGGGGAGCAGCUGAGAAAGGGAGGGUGGAAGGGAAAAUUGAACAGCCCUGUGCAAAGGAGCCCAAACAGCUGCAAUUUGCUGGAGCUUCGAAGCUCUUGGUGAACACAUAUGAUUAUCAUGGGCACUGGAGAACAGACUUCAGCCCUGAAAGCAGCAACUUGUUGAAAUUGGACUUUUUACAAAAUCAGCCAGGAGAGAAAGAGGGUGCACAAAAACCUAAGAGGACGACAGGGACUCGGACAAAUUAGACUCGAAAGAUUAUAAGGUUUCACCAAAAAAAGAUAAAGCCAACACACACCCAGGUAAUUUAACCAAUGAUGGAGGAUUUGACAGAGGAAAAUAGUCUAGCGUGGGCUGGAGCCCAAGGAAGCUGAUUACUAAGGCUGGGGAAGGAGGAGGGAGGGGGCUUUUUGGCUUAGGGAAAUCUGUGCCCAUCAUCCAUAGCACAAUAAAUAAAGGCAUGCACAAAUUCAAUCAUGCUUUUAAGUUCCUGUAGUACCUCAAAAAAAAAAAAAAAAAACAACAAAAAACCAGAAAGCUAAGAAAAGCCAAAAAGAAAAAUCUGCCAUUCUUUUGGAAUUACUUUGCAAGGCUCCAGUUUCCUUAUAAAAAGGUUUUCCAGCUAUCAGGAGGGAACUCAGGGCUCAGAGCCAUCCAGCAGCUGUGAGUUGCCCUGCUCAGAAUGGCCCUGGGAGUCAAGCCCCUCCGUGCCCUCCUAGGCUGGCAUUAAACACAGCCCAAAACCAUGGGGCUGAGCUGUGCUGCUCUGGGCAGGGAGGACAGAGGCACCAGGGCUGCUGCAAGGCACUUGGGUUGCUUCAAACACCUGUGCUGCCUCCUCCUCUCAUGGAGGUUUCAACGUUCUCCCAGGAAUUUGGUGGAGGAGCUUCAACCUGCCAGCCUCAGCAGCCAGGUGGGCACUGGGCUUCCCUCACCUCCUGCCUCCCCUUCCCAAGGACCAGCAAGUCACAUUCCCACCCCUGCACAUCCCCCUGCCAUGGUGAAGAUGAAUGCAGCCAAGGCCAGCAGGACCAGGGCAGUGACCUGUCCAUCUGUGCUGGGCGCUGGUGAGGCCACACCGCAACUCCUGGGGUCAGUUUUGGAACAGAGCUGGGGAAGGGUCUGAGCACAAGCCUGAUGAGGGGAAGCUGAGGGAGCUGGGGGGACUCAGCCUGGAGAAAAGGAGGCUCAGGGGAGACUUUAUCACUCUCUACAACUCCCUGACAGGAGGGUGUGGUGAGGGGUGGGUUGGUCUCUUCUCCCAGAUAACAAGGAACAGAGAAAACAAAUUCAAGAUGUGCCAGGGCAGGUUUAGGUUGGAUAUUGGGGGAAAUUUCCUCGCUGGAAGGGUGGUCAGGCUGUGGAACAGGCUGCCCAGGGAAUGGUGGAGUCACCAUCCCUGGAGGUGUUUAAAAGACGUGGAGAUGUGGCACUUGGGGACAUGGUUUAGUGGAGUGCUUGGCAGGGUUGGAUUUACAUUUGGACUCAAUGAUCAGAAAAGGUCUUUUCCAACCUAAAUGAUUCCAUGAUUCUAUCACUCUACUAUCCUAGUACCUAAUGAUGGGGACUGGAAAUUAUGAUCUCAGCAUUUAUGUCUUAUGGCCUUUGUUUGGAAUAUAAAAGGAAAUCAGGGAAAAGGUUGAUUUUUCAUUUCUCUGCCUCCAAUUCCUAUUCUUCCCCUCCAAAUUAUGCCGCAUAAGGAACCAUUUUUAGCCUCUGUGCUCUUCAGGGCAGGGACUCUGUUACUGUGUGUUUGUACAGGGACUGGCACUCUGGCGCUUGGUCCUUAACUGAGAUUUCUGGAUGCUACUUAUUAUACAUAAUAAACAACAUUAUUCACUGCC